ACAGGUAUCUACUGGUUCUUUUUUUUCUUGAAGAAAAGCUUCAAACUUGCUUGUUUGGGAACUUUGUUAUUGAGCAGAAAGCUUGAUUAUAUAUUUCUAUGGAGGGGGAAGAGGAUCAGGUGACGAAAGAGAGGUUAGUAGAGGCGAGAGCAAGAAAUAUCAGCCACAAUGUUAGGUGUACAGAAUGUGGCAGUCAGUCCAUUGAAGAUUCUCAAGCUGACAUUGCCAUUCUCCUGAGGAAGCUAAUUCGAGAUGAAAUUAAAGCUGGGAAGUCUGACAAGGAGAUCUAUACAAAGCUUGAAGAUGAUUUUGGUGAAACCGUACUUUAUGCCCCAAAAUUUGAUAUGCAGACGGCUGCUUUAUGGCUCUCUCCGCUACUAGUUGCUGGUGCUGCUGGAGGUUUGUGGGCUUACAAGAAGCACAGACAGAAGACCAAUGUGCACAUUAUGGCUUUGAAUCUCGUUCGAGGAAUUCCAUUAACCCCAAAGGAGAAAGAAACCAUGCUCGAUGUCCUCACACCACCUCCUGGAGGAACGUCUUCCUUGAGUUGGUGGAGAAGAUUGCUUCAGCAAUGAAAACUCUAUAACCCGUCAUCACUUCCCUUGUAUUCUAUUUUUUUGCUAGAAUAUCUCAAAUUGUCAGCUAGUCAAGAAACCACCCUUAUCCAUGUCAUUUCGCAUUGGCGUGUUUGAAUUGGUCAUCCGUCAUCCUGAUUAUACAAUUUUCUAAGGGUAUUCCCUGAUAUAAGUUAUCGAUAUCUUAUUGUACAAAAGGGUACAAUUUGGCUAUG